CUUGAGUGCCCUGUUUGCAUGAAUCUAAUGUACCCUCCAAUAUACCAGUGUCCAAAUGGCCACACUCUAUGUUCAAACUGCAAGGCUAGAGUGCACAACUGUUGCCCCACAUGCCGCCAUGAGCUUGGAAAUAUAAGGUGCUUGGCUUUAGAGAAAGUAGCAGAGUCACUAGAGCGCCCAUGCAGGCACCAAGUAUUGGGUUGUCACGAUAUAUUCCCAUAUUACAGCAAGCUCAAACAUGAGAAACACUGUAAAUAUCGUCACUACAACUGCCCUUAUGCUGGAGCUGAUUGUUCUGUCACUGGUGAUGUCCCACUCCUUGUCAUGCAUCUCAAGAAGGAUCACAAGGUUGAUAUGCAAGAUGGAUGUACUUUCAGCCACAGAUAUGUGAAAUCCAAUCCUCAAGAAGUUGGAAAUGCUAUAUGGAUGUUAACUGUCUUCAACUGCUUUGGCCGUCAGUUCUGCUUGCACUUUGAGGCAUUCCAUCUUGAAAUGGCACCCGUUUACAUGGCCUUCCUGCGAUUCAUGGGUGAUGAAGAUGAGGCCAAGCAAUUUAGUUACAAUCUGGAAGUUGGCGGAAAUGGCAGGAAACUUACAUGGCAAGGUAUACCAAGGAGUAUCAGGGAUAGCCAUAAAAAGGUAAGGGAUAGUCAAGAUGGAUUAAUUAUUCAGAGAAAUCUAGCACUCUUCUUUUCUGGCAGCAAUAGGCAGGAGUUGAAGCUGAAAGUUUCUGGUCGUAUAUGGAAAGAGCAAUGAGAUAUUAUAAUAACCACUUUAAAAGGCUGAAUAGAUAAGUUCAUUUAUUACAUUGUAAAUGGGUAGAUUCUGUGUUUCUUGUUAAAUUGAGAUCAGUUAUCAUUAAUUUGCAA